CAUAAAUUGUAGUAUGGGUAGACGAUAAAGGAUAUAAGUAAUAAUUCCAGGACGAUGUGUAAAUACCAGGGAUACAGUGCUUGACAGUGACAGAACCGAGCUAGCGCUGUCACUGACUGGGCAACGUAACGUUAUGUCCCUGACUGGACAUACAGUAGCUAGCUUGAUGCCGUGAACUCUCGUGGAGACAGUGUGUGUGUGUUCAUUGUAUAUAGCUAGCUAACGUUAGUCGUUGGUUUAGCCAGAUACUAUUGACAUGGAUUUCAACGUGAAGAAAUUAGCUUCGGAUGCAGGAAUUUUCUUCACUCGAGCUAUACAGUUCACAGGGGAAAAGUUUGGACAGGUAGAGAAGACUGAGCUGGAUGCCCACUUUGAAAAUCUGCUCAGCCGUGCUGAUUCCACUAAAAACUGGACAGAGAAAAUCUUCAGGCAGACAGAGGUUCUGCUGCAGCCCAACCCCAUUGACAACACUGGUUCCAGGAUUGAGGAGUUCCUGUAUGAGAAGCUUGACAGAACUGUUCCCUCCAGACCAAAUAAUGAAGAACUGCUGGGUCAUUACAUGCAAGAUGCGGCAAAAGAUUUUGGUCCUGGAACGCCAUAUGGUAGCACCCUGAUCAAAGUAGGCGAUUGUGAGAGGAGACUGGGCAGUGUACAGAGGGAGUUCCUACAGACCUCCGCUAUCGGCUUCCUCACCCCACUCAGGAACUUUCUGGAAGGAGACUGGAGGACCAUCUCAAAAGAGAGGCGUCUCCUGGAGAACCGCAGACUGGACCUGGACUCCUGUAAAGCACGGCUGAAGAAAGCCAAAUUAGCAGAGUCCAAGGCUGCGUGUGAGGGAGAAGCUGUGCCUGAUUUUCAGGAAACCAGGCCCAGAAAUUAUGUCCUCUCUGCCAGUGCAUCUGCGCUCUGGAGCGAGGAGGUGGACAAAGCAGAACAUGAGCUUCGAGUGGCACAGACAGAGUUUGACAGACAGGCAGAGGUCACACGGCUCCUGCUGGAGGGAAUCAGCAGUACACACGUGAACCACCUGCGCUGCCUGCAUGAGUUUGUGGAGGCACAGACAGCCUACUACAAGCAGUGUCACCUGCACAUGCAGGACCUGCAGAAAGAGCUGGACAGUUCCAAUGGAGAUGUGUUUCCCAAUGCGUUUGCUGGUAACCCAGGCCACUCCAUGGCCUCCGGUGGCUCCUCUCCCCUGGACCCUACCAGCGCUGUGGAGACAGACACGCUGAAGAUCGAGGAGGUGCAGGCCCCUGCCACAGGCACACGCAAGGCCAAGGUCCUGUACGACUACGACGCUGCCGACACCAGUGAGCUAUCCCUACUGGCUGACGAGCUAAUCACAGUUUACACAGUGCCAGGCAUGGACUCAGACUGGCUGGUGGGAGAGAGAGGGAACCAGAAAGGGAAGGUGCCUGUCACAUACCUGGAGCUGCUCAGCUAAAGAGAUAAAUUGAAAGACGCACGCUUGCAACAUUGCGCUCACAUGCUGACGUUGACAAAUUCAACCAACCAAACACACCCACAUGCUGUACGCACACGGACCACAUUACAUCAUUGGUGAAUAUGAAGGAAAAUGCACAACAUUGAAUACGGAGGAAUAGUUACCAUGACAACUUGGCCGAAAAUUCUGAAAUGUAAGAUAUUUACUUACUGAAAUGCCCUGUAUUAUUCAGGCUUUGGUGACCUUUGGUGACCUUUCACAGCUGUGGAAAAAGCUUCAUACAGCCUGCCCAGACACUUGCACCUGUUUUAGACAUCUUUCCCAAAUCCAUUACUUUUAUGUAAAACAUUCCAUACACCCUGUGCACCUCUCGUUAGUCCACAUUCCUAUAUUGUCAUUUUCCUGGACACCUCUACCACUACCUGGCACUGAAACAUGAUAUGGCCAUAUGCCCUGCUUAGUGCCUAACCAGAAAUUGAAGCACUCAUACAGCGGCGAUUUGAAGCACUCCUAGUCUUUUACUAACUGCCUUAAAAUAAUGGGAGAGAGGCUGUGUCCAUGUGCUAUAACUCAUAGAAUGUAUUGGACACACCGCAAUGUCCACACUCCAGUUUGCCUGUUUGCUUAGGACACUUCUUUUGAAGAGGACAAGCCAGAUCUAACACAGAACAUACAUUUUGGCAUGCAAAACUGUAACUUGUUAUUAUUGAAGUAUCUGUGGUGAGUUAUAUUCCCAUUUGUGUCCCUUUUUUUACUUUGCUCUUUUUGCUGUUCUGUUUCUUUAACAUGUCCUUGUUCCUUCAGUUGUCUUUGUAUGUUUUUAGUUGAAUUGUUUGAUCCGAUGUUGUCUUUUCUGUGAUAGUCUCAGUGUCUUCAAGACAGGACCUAGGCUGCUACAUGUGCUACUGGCAGGAGUUAGUCAGACUACUCUGUUCAAUGCAAAGCCUCUGUCUUUCUUGUAAUCAGAAUUUUAAUGUCUGUAUAUUUAUUUCUCAUAGACCUUUUAGUACCAAAGCAAACUUAAGUAUACAUGUGUAUGCAUGCACUCUGUCAAGGUUUGUGAUGCUGUGACUGUUUUGCCAUGUCUUGUUUUGACCCUUUUCUGCCUUUACUGUCAAUGUAUUUAUUGUCUGUUCCCAAGCCAUGCUGGGUGAAUGCGUAGGAUGUAAUAAAAAAUAUAUAUAUCUAUAUGCUUUGGACACAAUCUAGUUUGUGUGGUUUGUCAGUUCAGGUUCUUGAUCUAAUAUUCUGGUGUAGCAGUCUGUCGGAUUGGAAGUAAUCAUUAUUUUCUAAAUACAUGUAUUUUUUUCAAAUUCAAACUUUGUCCAUCAUUCUAACUCAUACUGGUAAUUACAACACGCUCUCCUUUUUACAAUAUUUUCUAUGACUACUGCAUCAACAUGUUCAUGCGUAUAAAGUAUUUUAAUCUGG